GCGGUGUUAAUAGCAGUAUAAAAUCAGCGGGGAAACAUGUUGCAGGUUAUUUCUUGCUUAUAUCCAAAUCUUGCAAGAUGCAAAUACGAUUCUUCUUGGUCGCCAUCUUGGUGUGUGCGCUCCUCAUCGAGGAUUCUGAUGCUUGGUGGUGGAGGAGAAGAAGAACAAGUCGAAGAAGAUGUCCCUCCAGAAGCGGAGCGUCUCCGUAUUAUUUUGGCACCACUAAACUGCUCUGCAUGACAAAGAAAGGCAAAAGAGAGUCGGCUCCAUCAAGAAGUACUUGGGCAUUUUCUCAUCGCUUCAUUUACUACAAAGGGAAAUACUUCGAUUUUCUUGGAAAUUCGAAGGUUGCCAUCUCUAACUCUCGCUUAGAGGGAGAUAAAUGUAGCGGGGGCAUAGAGAGCCGCCCAGCCGGUUACAGCAGCAUCAGCCUGGCUUGUAUCGAGGGGUGCGCCAAAAACUACAGGUGUACGUUUGGACGUUAUGGGCUAUUUAGGAACAACUGCCACAAAUUUGCAAACAGAAUAUCAGCAGUGCUGUGCACGAGAUCCAGCUACUGUCCAGCAUGGUGCCGUGGACCGUGUAAUGAUGUCUCUUACGGCCACAAACGAUAAAAUAAUAAUCGUUAGAGAUGGGAAAAAUUACCGUUUGUUGGAAUUCGAUUUCAAAAUAAAUAUAUAGAGAAUGGAAAAA